GGCCACUCCCGGCCACGUCUCCAAGCACACCCGGUGCCCCCUCCUCCUGCCGCGCCCUCUGACCAGCCUGGGCUGCAGAUGUCUUGGUUGGAGUCUCUGGGGCCAGAUGUUAUAGGGCAAGCUAAAAAUAACCAGGUGGGCCGGCCACCAUCGGGGCCGGGGGUGGGGGCGUGUGCCGGCGCGGACACAUGAUCCAGGGACCCGGCCGAGCGCAGCGGAGACGGUCGGCGGCCGCGCGCGCCUCUGCUCCCCGCUGACGGGACCCGCCGGCCAGAGCGCCCUCUUCUCGAAGACUCUGGGCGAGGAAACGCCAUCUCCAGCCGCGGGAUGGGCAGGAGGAAGGGCAUGAGGAAGGGCAUGUGGGGUCUGUGCCUCCUGCUGCUGCUCCUCCGAGCCGCUUCCGCCAAGAACAUCUGGAAACGGGCGUUGCACGCGCGGCUGGCCGAGAAGUCCCGCGCCGAGGAGGCGGGUGGCUCCCGGCAGCCCCGCGCCGACCGCUGCCCGCCGCCCCCGCGCUCGCUGCCCCCCGGCGCGUGCCAGGCGGCGCGCUGCCAGGCCGACUCGGAGUGCCCGCGCCACCGGCGCUGCUGCUACAACGGCUGCGCCUACGCCUGCCUGGAGGCCGUGCCGCCCCCGCCAGUUUUAGACUGGCUGGUGCAGCCGAAACCUCGAUGGCUUGGUGGCAACGGCUGGCUCUUGGAUGGCCCUGAGGAGACAUUGCAAGCAGAGGCAUGCAGCACCACGGAGGAUGGGGCCGAGCCACUCCUCUGCCCCUCAGGCUACGAGUGCCACAUCCUGAGCCCGGGUGACAUGGCCGAGGGCAUCCCCAACCGCGGGCAGUGCGUCAAGCAGCGCCGGCAGGCAGAUGGGCGAUUCCUACGACACAAAUUUCACAAAGAGUAUCCAGAGGGUGACUCCAAGAACGUGGCAGAGCACGGAAAAGGACAACAGAGGCACUUUCAGUAACGUGACGACAGCAGCCAGUUUACAAGAACAUUCCUCCACUUUCUGCUAAGCCUUGGAAACAGUAGGGUAAAAAUGAUUUGACUCUCAGAAGUCACGCCCAGCUCAGCAGAGCACAACCCCAGAGAGACAGGACGCCCAGCUGUCAGCCCCAGCUUGGCCCCACCUGGCUGGGCGACUUGGUGGGAGCCCCUUACCAGCACCCGGUCCCCGUUUUAUCAUCCUGGAAACAAGGCACGCCCAGGAAUCUCAUCUGACCCUACAGCUCCGCAGAUCCUCCCCAGGGAAGAAGUGACUGCUGUUGCGAGCGUGUCUGAAGCCCUUUCUAAGACAGAGUUCAGUGUCCUGGUUCUUGACGACUGUCUUCCAGGUCUGACGCCGGGAGGCAUGUCCCCAUCCCAAAUGCUCUCAAAAUAAACUCACUCUUCAUCACAUGCAAAUGCA